GAUAUAACAACUGAGAUCUACGCGAUGCAUGCUUUCCAGCUCUACGGUUUAUGACCGUUAAAGUCUGGAUGUUGUAUGGCUCAUUCUGUCGGUGCUUCAAACCUCCAGUCCAAUGUUGAUUAUACAUUCAUUGAAUCUGUGCUGCAUCGUGGAAUUUCACGUCGCUUUGGGACCAAAACGUGGAAAGAAGAGUUAAUUGUCCUCCAGAAACGCGAGGAACUUUAUGAUUUGUACAGUUGUACGAGUGAUAAUUUUGCAGACACGUGUAAAGAAAUCGAUGCUUCCCUUGAAUAUCCAUAUCCAUCUAAUGUGAACGAGUUGAAAGAGCGAUUCAGAUUCAAACUCUGCUUGCGACAUGACAAAAGAAACUCAGCCGUUGCUUUUCGGGCCACAAACCUAUUUGAUCUCGCUCGAUGGUUAUGUAUAGACCGAGGAAACUGGAAUACCCGCGGUCUUUCAUGUGAUUUCGAGUUACUUGAAAAUCCUAAACGAGCUUGUGAGAACGAUUCGAUUCAGCGUUUCUACGAAGAGCGGCUUUCACGUCGAGUCGGGUGGCAGCAUGCAUCCUAUCCUAGUGAUUCGGUUGGUCACCUCCAGUUUGAACCUCACGCUUCUGGGAUCACACAUUGGAAACGACGUCCAACAGAUGAUAGCUUCCUGCCACCAAUCGGAGAGGUCAGCGUUCACCCACCUGUCAUCGGUGACAACAAACUGACUGCGUUGCCGACGAAUGACAGUGUCUUAUUGGAGCAUCGACCAACUCAAGUUUUAAAAUACGAUGAAUUGCUUGCAGAGCACUACAUAAAACAACCCUUGUCUGCGGAACGACGACCACAGGAGUACGACACCGCAUCCAGUGCUCGUUCAGUGGACGUCAAUUCAUCUGUCAGAUGUCUGGAGAAAACGGCAUCUACCUCAAGUCACCCUGACAGCAGCCCAGUUACACGUGCACAGUUUUUGGGUACGGACAGUUCCGCCCAUUCGUCGCGUAACUCCGAGACCCAAAUCACGCGAAUUCGACUGCCGUUGCUUGGCUCCGAUUGUGCCACUCCGAUACAACAUAUCCUAGAUGCAUCGGGGACCCCGGGAGUUUCUGGUAUCGAUGGAUAUGGAGGACCUCCGGGCCUUACCGGACCUGACGGACAUACCAUUUUUACUCAAGGUGAGGACGGGCAACCUGGCGGUGUCGGUUGUGCGGGUUCCCCUGGUCAACCUGGGUCUCGAGGCUCGGACGGAAAAACUGUUCACGUCAUGCUUCGUUACUCCGGAUCCAAGCAGAGAGCGAGUAGUGGGUCCGACCUUGAGGUGGACGAAGAUCCCCAACCACAGUCAGUCGAAAUUUACAUCGACCGUCGCAUCUGCUUCAUUGUGGAUGUUCGUCCGGAAGCUGACUCACUGUGCCAUCAGCCUAUUCUUCCAUUGCUGAUCUCCGUGCGAGGAGGCUGCGGAGGUUCAGGAGGGAAUGGUGGCCCAGGUGGUGAUGGAGGAACCGGUGGACGUGGUGGCUCCAAUGGGAUCAAACCGGUGUUUCAUGUUGCAGAUACACAUUACUGGCAGGGCAACCUCCCUCGAUUCGCCGCGCAUUGUCGAAACGAGUCGGACGAGUUAUCAGCGCUGUCAUUCAUGGCCGAAGCUGCGAUGACCGUGUUUAAAGGCUCCCAUGGGAACGCACGGGCAGAGGGACUUUUUGGUUUUCCUUCCGAGGCCUCCCAGUUCAACAAGAAUGAACUGCUCUACGGUCUCGCUCUUACGGAUUCGACCACAUCGGACUCCAUUGGCAUUAGAGACAAACAUAUGCAACACCUACGAUCCUCAGCAAAACCGAACUGGUUUUUUCACGCCGGUGAUGGCGGUUCGGGGGGACAAGGUGGGCAAGGUGGUCGCGGCGGUAACGCUGGAAAUGGAGGAAAUGGCGGAUCCGUCAUUGUUGAAACCGAGGACCCUCGGCUGCUUAUGUUCAUUGAGUGUGAUGUAAACGGCGGAGCCCCAGGCAAUCCUGGAUUAGGAGGUCCAGGUGGAAAUGGUGGCGAAGGUGGCCCUCCUGGACAUGCUGAGCCCGGUGAGAGCAAUCCGUUGCCGCCUUCUACACCCGAAUCAAGCAAGGUAACUGGACGCACUUUGAUCGGCAACAGCAGAAAUGGACAGACACCUCCUAGGUCCUUUGUUUCAUCAAAUGGCGCAUUGGAAUCUAGCACGCAUUCCGGAGUUAGUUCCAUCGGAUGUCAACGAUGCUCCGCAAUGCGUUCGUCGGGUUCGUAUACUUCGUCAGGCAAAAUUACCUACUCGCUCCCCAGCUCUAUGUACAUCUAUCACAGCAUCGAACAAGAUCACCGGUACUCCAACGGUACUCACACGUACUCAGAUGAGUUCACGGAUUAUUGUCCGUCCACGUAUCCUACAGCCAUCGCGGAAGAUGACAUCAUUCACUCGGUGUACCUUGAUGACAAAGAGAGGGAGGAUUUGUACCUGUAUUCCCAUGACAAAAAGAAAACAUCGUGGGAUGCAUCCAAGGUUGUGCUUGGAUGUUGGGGCAAGCGUGGAACUUCUGGGCCAGCUGGUUUAGACGGCGCAAAAGGCCACGCUGGUCUUCCCGGACGAAUUGAAUAUCGUAUCCCUCUGUCGACUAAUCACCUGAAUUCCCCUCAAUCAGAUCCGACCACGAGUACACAACACGAGAGUAAAAUGGCUUCAGAUGCGGAACUCUCGACUGCUCAAAAUCGCACAUCUACUAGCGUCCAGACCGAUCUGCUUGUACCUGACGAACCAUCCUCAACUACGAGUCCACAACUCCCUUUCAACGUAUACAAUCAACGCUACGAAGUGACCGUGAUGGAUUUUCAAGUGACGGGAGAGGAUUGCACUGGUUUUCACAGGCCAAAUGAAUCGCUCCAGAUUUCGAAUGUGCAGAUUGUCAAUUCUGGACCGUUGCCGUUGCCAUCUGGUGCGAAACUGACCUUUCUCUCUUCGACCACCACCGUCACUGUGCCCCAGAAACAGGCAGUGUACCUUCCCGCACUAGCACCCGGGGAAGAGUUCACUAUACACCACACGUUUAGCGCUCUUGUGUGUGAUUUCGCUUCACCAUGCUCCCCAGGUCCAUUCCACGACCAGGGCACGUUAAUUUCUCGUGUAUGCCUGCUGAAUCGCGAAUUUAUCAAGGGCAGAUGCGAGAAAAGAUUCACCAUUAAGCAUCCCCUGCGUUUACUGAACACUUCUCUUCCAAAGACUGCAAGCCCAUCUGAUACUAUCGCCCUGCGAUUUAGCCUCCUCAACGAAUCCAACAGAGCUUACGGUGGGAUGGCUUGUGAUCCACGAGAACAACUGGAGAUAGGCGUACGCUUAGAUCGACGCGUCUUCCCCAUUGAACCGGCUUCUGUAUCUCACAUCACCUCACAAGAUGACACCAUAUGGAUCUCGUUCCCAACAAAGAACGCACCGGACACCUUUCGCUCCAGGAUUGACGCUAUCCUCUUUUCCGCUCUUGAGCAUUCUGGAGGCCAAAGUGCGGCUUCACAUGAUGCUGGAGUGAAUUUUGGCGUUUGGCUGCAAGUGGAACGUGACGUGGAACUUUUUGAGAAGCUGCCAGUACAAAUCGAAGUAUACCUGGGAAGCCGUUUGAUUCAGUAUGAACACUUAUAUGUGCGCACUAUCCCAAAUCUCGAAGGUCCAUCAAAUCUAGCUCGCGGAUCGACUUCCCGCUUGGACAUCAGGGGUCCAUCACCUCAGUCUGUCAAAGCACAUGCGUCGGCACUGCUUAUCACCAGUCCGGAAAUGACACGUAGAGAAUUUCUCAUCUGGCACAGCGUUUUGUGUGCUCUCGGUUUGAACGACUAUCACACCUGGGACACAGAUUGGCCCAUCCAGCCUUCAGAUCACGUUCGAGCUCAGAACUACAGAAACGCAUUGAUCGUUUGCCCAGCCUAUAGACCAAAUAAGCUUCCUGCCGCUAUUUCACACCUUUUGUUCGAGACGACUCACGGCAGCUUGGACAGCUUUGAGAGCGGCAAGAAGAAGUCCAACAUUAAAAACCACCUCGGAUCCGAUCAGAAUCGAGUUGCAUCGGAUAUCUUGAAUCCGGAAGACACAUUUGAAUUGGCAUUUGUUGCAGUGACUUCAAUCCAGAUAGAAUCCUCCGUUGGCUGUACAAAGAGUGAAGACGGCAGGAAAACGAUCGAUCGAGCUCCCGACAUAUAUUUCCGCCAUCCUUGUUUUCCAGCUAAUGCAGACAGCCCUGACGGUUCUACUCUGACUGAAAACGAAAAUCCACCCUUUCCGACCUUUCUCGAACCAUGUGCUGUUUGUUCAUCUUCUUCCGUUCAAAUUUGGACACUGCAGACCAAUAGAGAUUCGGGUCUACCGGACUGUGGUUUACCCAGUCGCAUACAUUUACACCAUGAGUCGAACGUUUCGAAUAAACCUUCUGUCAUACUGGGCAGUGGAAGGAGGUCUGUGCAGAUUCCGGCUUAUGUGUCCAUCGUAUCUUCCUGGAGUCAAGUCUUCCUCAUCCUUCUCGCAUUAAUGCCUACACGAAGCCGAUUUCAUUUGAUUCGAACUCGUCCCGAAAGGCCAGUGUUUUACUUACCCUGGGGUGAACCACUUUCCAUCUCUUACUUGGCUGCACUUUCUACCCAAGUCUACCUGCGGUGUGAACAGAUGUACGGCACUUCUUGCUCAGCAACCGAUCAAUACAGAAAAGUGAAGACCAUGACCAACCACCGUCUAGCUCAUGCCAAGUCUUUUCUGCGAUUUGAGCAACUCAUUGACCCCAGGAUUCCUUUCGCACCAUGUUUCUUGAAUGCAGAUGGUAACAUUCAGGCAACGUAUUGUGAUCAAUGCAUUUCAUCACGACGGUGAUGACAGAUUUCCCCAUUCCUUUCAGCAUACAUCGUAUGCCUAUUUUCUACAUUUGUUUCUUCAUAUACUCCAAAGAUUUUGCAAGAUUCAUUUCAGAGUUCUGUCUGCAGGCAAGUGAAACACUUAUCUUGUGAUCCUCAUUCCCCCAUAGCAAAUGACAAUGCUUGCUCAACUCACACCGUUCAACAGAGGCAUUUUCCUCUGGGGCGAAGUUAAGCGAUCGCACAAACGCAUCCUAACAUUGUGCAAGCCGCAUACAACUCUUUUUCAUAGGUAAUCAUUUUUCCUCUUUUGCUCCUGGUUGCUGAGUAUAUUACUCCAGCAGUUGCACUUACCCCUUCCGCUUUGACUGCCAAAUCUACUGCUCUCAACCUUGAGCCUCCCUCCCGAUCUUGCAACAACACAUUGUCCAGCCAUCGAUUCAACAACGUUCUUUUUCAGUUUUCCCAUAUAUCAUGACAAGCAGAUGACUAUGACUUAGUUUAAUCACCAAUCCCAACACUUCUCCCUUCGAUAUAGCUUUAUCUCGUUGAAAAUUUUCUAGAUACAAUCGGAAAUUUCCAUGUGACGAAACAUUUUAAUGACCAUUGUCAACGGAGCAUUAUAGGUCGUUCCUCAUUUUGUGAAUAUUGUCGCCGUCCAAACGAGCAUGACAUGUAUUCUCAUUGGCGUUGUUUUUUGUGCUAUCUAUCUCAUCAUUCCAAAAACGAUAACUUCCUUCGAGCUCUCUUGACUAAUGUCUGUGUCUUGACUGAACCAGUUAACGAUCGUCGUCGUCAGCAUCACCAGCGAAACCACCAAGUAUACCGAGUAUAUUACGUACCCGCUGCAGUAUGGCACUUUUCAUGUUAACGCCUCAGAAAUGUCAAAUCGCUCGUCUCUACCGAGUGCCGAUCCCGUGAAUCACCACGAUCCACGCUGGGGAUUUACGUUCAGCUUUUUCUUUGACUUCUGUCCUCCAUUUUGCAAAUAACG